AUGACUAAAGUCCUCUUACUGUGCCUUUCUACAUGAGUUUUUUCCUUAGAAAUAAGCCUAAUCCCUCCUACCGGAGUUCCUCCUCCAAACUCAGUGCUAGGCCACAUGGUAUAUGACACUACAAAUAAUCAGCUUAUUCAGUUUGGAGGAAUGCAGACUGGCGGAUCUUAUUUAAAUGACCUUGCCUCCUUCAAUUUAUCCCAAAAAAGAUGAAGCCUAAUUUCCCCUUAUGUUUCGACUGUUCCAGAUGAAAGAGCGGCUGGAGCGUUAUUUUAUCAUCAAAAAUCCCAAAAAUUACUUUUAUAUGGCGGAAGAACCCGUGCAGGCCCAGCUGGUGAUUUCUGGAGCUACGAUCUAAAUGAAAACAGCUGAGAAAAGCUUGAUAAGAAUGGAGACGACCCAGGGGCUAGAGGAUAUAUUGUUUUAACAACUUAUACUAGAAAUGGAAGCACCUCUUUUGCUAUAUUUGGUGGACUAAGCUCGACUGGUGUUGAUAAUUCCCUUUAUAUGUAAAAUCUAUGCAGACUGGACGGAGAAAGCCUUUUUUGAAGCAAAAAGCCAAAUUCUGGAAAUAGUCCACAGCCUCAAGAAAGCUCAGGAAUUGCAUAUUAUAAAGAUAAACUUUAUGUAUGAGGCGGUCUCAGCAGAUUUUCUACAAUAAUUCAUGAUACAGCUCUUUAUGAAUAUGAUUUAGCAAAAGAAGAAUGAAAAAAAAUUGAAAUUAAUGGGAAAAAGCCAGGAGGGAGGUUUGAACAUUUUUUAUGUUUUGUAGAGGAUUAUUUAUAUGUGUAUUUAGGGGUGGAUUUUGAGACUGGGCUGACUAUUUUUGAUAUAUGAAAAAUAAAUUUAAUUAGUCUUGAUACUUGAAUAGAAGUAAAUUUUAAAGACCCAAGCUCAACAGCUACAGGAAGCGGCUCUUUAACUUUCGUUUCCUCAGUCCUCUGAUCAUUUGCAGGCUACUCUGAUACUGGUAUCAAUAACUCUAUAAUUUCUCUUGAGUUUUCAUUGGAAACUCCUAUAAUAAACCUAAUUUCUCCAGAAAUGACAGGACCGACAGCAAGAAUGUUUCAUUCUUUACAGACAAUCCAAACAAACCUGUGGGUCUUUGGAGGGAUUGAUAAUGAUAAAAACUACCUUAACGAGAUGUGAAAAUUUGAUAUUUUGGCAAGUGAUUGAAGCAUUAUGAACCCUACUGGGGAUAUUCCAUCAGUAAGGGCAAAACAUGCAAGCUGUGCUAUUGCUGAUACACUGACGAUAUUUGGAGGGGAAAAUUCUUCAGGCUAUUUAAGUGAUAUGUAUGAAUAUACAGUCCUUUCAAACACUUGGAAAACAGUCCUAUACGGCUCUGAUAUAAAACCAGUAGGAAGAGCUGGAGCUUGUAUGGCAAUCGCUGAUAGUACAAUCUAUAUCUUCGGCGGGCUAGUUGUAGGAGGGUAUUCUAAUGAAUUAUGGCAAUUUAAUACAAUUGAUAACACCUUUACACUGCUUGACGAUGGUCUUUCUGAAAGAGUCCCAAAACUUGCAUACUCAAAAUGCUUUAUGAGGAAUAUAGACUCUAAUUAUUAUUUUUAUAUCACAACAGGGGAAGGAGAAGACGAAUAUCCUUUAUCAGGCUAUUUUGCCUAUCAAAUUUAAUAGUUUUAUAAAUAUUCAGCUAAUAUUCUAAUUAAAUAGCCUAUAUAUAUCCAAACUCUAAAAUCCACAGAUAUGAUAUAUCUGGCCAAGAAUGGCUUCCUGUGCUUGAUAAAGGCUACGGGUACUUUUCUCUUGCACAGGCUGCUGUUGUAAAUAUUGAUAAUUAUAUAAUCGUAAUAGGUGGCGAACAAUGGAAUUUUAAAGCUUUUGACACUAUUUAUAUGGUAGAUUUAGACGUAAAUCCUCCAAAUCAUACCUUAAUUGGCCAUUUAGAAGAAGCCAUCUAUGCUACAGAGGUCACUUAUUUCCAAAACUCUAUCUAUUUAUUCGGCGGAGGAGAUACGCUUUCUUCUCUAGUCCAGAAUUUUAUAGCAAAAAGAUUUUUAUUUAAAACUUCUAUUGAGAAAACUGAUGAUCUUUCUUGGUCUUGUAGUAAUGGGACAUAUGGAGAUAACUGUGAUUUAUGCCCUGAAGGGUAUUAUUCUGAUACUUUUGGAGCAGAAACGUGUAAGGCUUGUCCUAAAGGGACUUAUAACAAAUUUUCAGCGGCAAGAACCUUAGUGAGUGCUAUCCUUGUAAAUAUGACAGUUAUGCAGAAAAUGAAGGGACUGAUAUAUGUGAUAGCUGCCCUGCCAGCUAUUUUUGUCCUGUAG